AUGGAAAGUUUACGGAAUUUGUUGGAGGAGAUCGCGAAAAAGAACGAAUAUGGAAGACCCAAUAUAGCUAUCAACCCUGUAUCUACAGGAGGUGGUAACUUCUCAUCAGAAUUAUUUACGGUAAUUGUAUCUGAAUCUGACAAGGAAGACCUACAUUUGUUCGCUAAGAUUGCCAUCGCUGGUGAAAUGGUGCGUUCGCAAAUGCCAGUGGACAUAUUCAUGAUGGAGAGACUAUUUUACCUAGACCUUUUAAAAAAGUUCCAAGACAUAGAAACUGCACAUAAUGUACCAAAGGAAAAGAGAUUACCUGUGCCCAAAUACUACGGCAGCCACACGAAACUGUAUGAAGAAUCUAUAGUUCUAGAAAAUCUUGCAGAAAAAGGAUUCAUCACGUAUGACAGAUUUAAGUCAAUAGAUUGGGAGUACGCUGCGAAAGCCGUGGAGUCGUUAGCUAAAUUCCAUGCUUUGUCUAUGGCAUACCGCGAAAAGAACCGAAGAGAAUUCAGAGAAUUUGUAGAAAAGACGCAAUUUGAAAAGGAAAUGUUAAUAAAUAUGAUGAGCCAUAUGUUUGAACAACGUAAAAUUACUACAUUAGCUGUCACGACGGAGAAGCAUAAAAGUAAAUUGCAGAAAUAUUUAGACACUCAAAUAAAUGUAAAAGCCCUUCUUGACCUAUUUGUAUCGACUCAACGACCAGUUCUUAAUCAUGGAGAUUAUAGAACGAGCAAUUUAAUGCAUAGAUACAAUGAGGACGGUACCCUUGAAGUGAUGCCCGUAGAUUUUCAAACAAUGAUAUAUAUGUCUCCGCUAUACGAUCUCUUAUACUUCAUAUUCUUGGGAACCGAUGAGAAAUUCCGGCGACAGCAUUUUCAAGAUCUCACCGACUACUAUCACCAAGAAUUGAGCAACGCUCUGCGUUCUCUGAAACUAAAUCCUGAUGCCAUUUAUCCAAAGACUGCCUUCGAACUUGAACUGAAAGAGAUGUUACCUUACGGCCUAGUAAUUGCUAUCAAUGGUCUACCUAUAAUCACCGUUGAGACAGAAGAUGCUCCCACCAUGCAAGGCGACGACAAUACUUAUGAACAGUUUGGGAACACUAAAACUGGGUCCUUGUAUCCAGAGAGAAUGAACGGAGUCAUCAAUGAUUUCUUCAGAUGGGGCAUCAUUGAGUAA